AUCUGUCGGGUCUGCAAUCUACACCACAGCUCACUGCAAUCCCAGGAUCCUUAACCCACUGAAUGAGGUCAGGGAUUGAACCUACACCCUCAUGGAUGCUAGUCAGACUUGUUUCCACUGAUCCGCGACGGGAACCCCCUCCCCAGGUUUUUAAUAGAAUAUUCCUCAUUUGGUUUUUGUCUGUGGUUUCCUCAUAAUUAGAUUGAGGUUAUGUUGUCUCAGCCAAAGAACUGCAGAGGUGAUACUAGAUCCUUCUCAGGGCAUCUCAUCUAGAGACACAGCCUCCAUCUGCCUCUCACUAGUGAUAAUUUUGAUCACCCAGUCAAGGUGCCUGAUUUUUCUACUGAAUAGUUACAUAUUUUUCUCUUGUAACUAAUGAGCAAUCUGGGUGAUAUUUAAAGGCCUUGUACAAAUAUGUUGCACCUCAUCAAAAUUUCCCCUUGAAUCUAGUCUCCAUGAGUGAAUCUUGCCUGAAAAGGUGUUUCCUAUGAUGGUUCAAAAUGAUUUCAGCUGUCAUUUUUGACCUUGGAGCUCUGUCCUGGUUGGGGUCAGCCUGGGCCCUGUCUUAUGCCCGUGGCACCCCUAAUAUAUCUCAGUAGGACCCCAGAGCUUUGCUGAUCGCUCUUUGGAAGCCCCAGGGCCAGGUCAAGCUGCCAAGUCAAGUCAAACUGCUGGGAAGUUGUCAAGUCCCACCAAAACACCUCAGUAGAUCUCAGCUCCCAGCUCCCAAUGUGGGAAAGCACUGCUGUGCUCCCCCGAAGGCCAGCUCCCUCCCUUGUCUGUGAGGAGGAGGAACAUUGGACACAACAGGAAGCACCUGACCCAGGGCUUAUUGACGGUUCUAUGACCUUCAUGUGCCUCCUGAAUUCCUCUGCCACUGGCCUGACGUGUGGCUGCCAUGCCGAGGAGUGGCCUGUGGAAGCUGGGGGACCCCAGGUGAAUCAUUUCACUUUAUCUGUGAGGAGGAACCAAGGAUAACUCCGGCAGAAAGCCUGGUCUCUCCAGCCCUCUCUGUAAGCAUGAGGAGCCACACAUUCCAUCUCUACCUGUGUCCAGAAAGAGCCCUCACCCAGGUCCUUAGCCUGGAGUUCAAGGACCUGCACCGGUAAUUCUACAGAAAGCCUCAGAGCAGCAGGAAGCACAGAGUGGAGGAUCCAGCAGGGAAAGCCUCUUCCUUCACCAGAGGACUUAGCCAACCUCAGGUCAGGCAACACUCUGUAUCCUCCAGUCUCUCCUGGAGGCCCUCUGCCCUUCGACCUGCUAGUGAUGGGUACAGAUUGCUUGUGUGCACACUUGAGAGAAUUAGGUACUUAGCGCCUGCGGUUCUUCACUGGCUCUGGCUCCCCCGCGAGUAGACCACAGGAACUGCAGUCGAGCCAAACCGGCUCCGCCCACUCCCGGCAGAGUUCCGGGAGGAGGAGCAACUUCGACAAACUCCUCCGCCAAUCGCUCUAUAAUGCACUUGUGGGCCUCCUCCGCUGCGGUGUACUCGGCGUAAUCGCAUGCGCUGGGUUUCCCUCAAGUAACUUUCCUUGCUGACGACAGAGUUGCUCUCUAAAGUUGGGGUGUCCCAGUAGACGCUGGCCCGAAAGCCGUUCUCGGGCCUCAUCGGCGGCUGCAGCCCCAUCCGAAAUGCAGCACUGGGUGAGACACCCCGUGCUCUGGAGACCGCAGAGCUCGCCCUUGGAGAAGAACCGCUGGAUUUCACUUUGAACUCUCUCCUGCUUGCGCACCUGGAAAUUCCUGGCAGUGAUCAAACCUGCACCACAGCAGUAACCAGAGCCACAGCAGUGACAAUACAAGAUCCUUAACCCCCUGCACCACAGUGGUUUCCCAGGGAAAGUGUGGAGACAUAGACUGUUUCCAGGCAGCAGUGGAUGCAGGAGGAAGGUGAUAAAGCUGCUCAGGGCCAUGGACAUCAAGGAUGGCAGCUGGGCAGCUGUGCCAGCCUAUGCUCCCUGGGAUCUCUGCUUCCACCUGGGAGCCCAGGGCUUGGAGAGUGACCUACCACCAGCUGUCUGCAGUUUUGACUCCAUCAAGGUCCUGUCCACCUACCAGAUACUCAUGCUGUGGCUCUUGAAUCAGAUCACCUGGGUUAGAACCCUGGCUCCAUCACUUACCCUGCGAGUCUCUCGAGACAAGGCUGGUUCAAUCUGGAUUCAGGCAAUCUGAAGAAGAGCAGAGGCACCUUGGGCCCCUUCCGGUGGACGCGCGGCUCGUGCACCCGCAGAAGCGCACGGGGCUGAGGAGCAGCCGCAUGGAGGAGGAGUUGGCGUGGAAGACCGAUGGCCUGCUUCCUCUGGAGAGGCAGCUCCACGAGGCUGCCCGCCGGAACCACGUCAGGAGGAUCAUGGAGCUGAUCGGGAGGAGAGUCAACCUCAGGGCCAGAAACCAUGUGGGCAGGGUGGCCUUGCACUGGGCUGCGGGCGCAGGGCACGAGCAGGCUGUGCGGCUACUCCUGGAACACGAGGCUGCUGUAGAUGAUGAGGAUGCGUUUGGGAUGAACGCGCUUCUCCUGUCUGCCUGGUUCGGCCACUUGCAGAUCCUCCAGAUCCUGGUCAACUCUGGGGCCAAGAUCCACUGUGAGAACAAGGAUGGCCUGACCUUACUGCACUGUGCAGCUCUGAAAGGCCACGUGCCUGUGCUGGCAUUCAUAAUGGAGGACCUGGAGGACGUGGCCCUGGACCAUGCUGAUAAGCUGGGAAGGACAGCGUUUCACCGGGCUGUGGAGCAUGGGCAGCUGGGUGCUCUGGAUUUCCUCGUGGGCUCUGGCUGUGACCACAGUGUCAAAGACAAGGAGGGGAACACGGCCCUUCACCUGGCUGCCGGCCGGGGCCACCUGGCUGUGCUGCAGCGACUCGUGGACAUAGGGCUGGACCUGGAGGAGCAGAACGUGGAAGGUCUGACUGCUCUGCAUGCAGCUGCUGAAGGGAUCCACCCCGACUGUGUGCAGCUCCUCCUGGGGGCUGGGAGCAGCGUGAACGCCCUCACCCAGAAAAAGCAGAGCUGCCUCCACUACGCAGUCCUAGGUGGCUCCGAGGACAUGGUCCGGGCCCUCAUCCAUGCAGGAGCCAGCACCAGCGUAGCUGAUCAUCAGGGCGCCUCUCCUGUGCACCUCGCUGUGAGGCACAACUUCCCCAUCCUGGUGCAGCUCCUCAUUGAUGCUGGCAGUGACCUGGAUGCCACCGACAAUAGGCAGCAGACGCCCCUUCAUCUUGCGGCCGAGCACGCCAGGCAGGACAUAGCGGAGAUGCUUCUCGUCGCUGGGGUUGACUUAAACCUGAGAGAUAAGCAAGGAAAAACCGCCCUAGCAGUGGCUGCCCGCAGCAACCACAUCAACCUGGUGGACAUGAUCAUAAAAGCUGAUCGCUUCUACAGAUGGGAGAAGGACCAUCUCUCGUACAGGGACCCCUGUGACCCCUCUGGGAAGAGCUUGACCUUUAAGCAGGACCAUCGACAGGAAAUGCAGCAGCUCCGCUCUGUGCUAUGGCGGCUGGCCUCCAGGUACCUGCGGCCUCAUGAGUGGAAGAAGCUGGCGUAUCACUGGGAGUUCACCGAGGCCCAUGUCUAUGCCAUGGAGCAACAGUGGACAGGUACCAAGAGCUACCAGGAACACGGCCACCGGAUGCUGCUUAUCUGGCUGCAUGGCGUGAUCAUGGCUGGUGAAAACUCCAGCAAAGCACUAUUCGAGGGCCUCGUGGCCAUUGGCAGGAGGGACCUGGCUGAAAGCAUCAGGAAGAAAGCCAGCGAUGACCUGAGCGCCCCAAGGAGGUGCACAGCCAUGUAACUGGAGGGGCUGGAUCUUCGGGAGCCACAUGGGACCUCAGAGUAGGGGCCACUGAACAAAGGAGGAUCACCAUUUAAGGGCUUUAAAAAAAAAAUCACUGCAAACAGACCUCCAUCUGCCUCCACUGAAGUUAAGAGUCAUGCAGGACCAUCAGGUGAAUCUUUGAAAUCUUUUUCACAAGGAUUGGCUCAGCGGUCUGUCUCAGGUUUGGCUGGUAAUUUCUUCCCAGGUAUGAUCCUUUGCAGCUGUCAGCACACUUUCAUCUCCAGCAUCUCAUUGGAGCCUCACGGCAGUCCCCUGAGGAGCUGGGCUCAGCGUGGAUAAGCAGCUAAUCAGGUGGUGAGGUCAGGGGUCAAACUCAGUAUUCCUAUCUUCCCAAUCUGAUGAAGGGCUCCAUCCGUCAUUUACAGAAGGGACCACCCUUAAUUUAGUCCCUGGCUCUUAUGAAUGCUGUCCUUACUCCAUAGCUGUUUCUAUUCACAGCUUGUUGGUGCGCUUCAACGGUUCCAAGAGGCAAGCACUCUCAUUUUUUCCCUUUUUUAAAAAACAUAUUUUUUUAAGAUUAAAACUUUUAAUUUUGAGAUCAUUUCAGACUUAACAAAAAAGUUGCAGAAAUAGUACAGAGAGGAGUUCCCGUCAUGGCGCAGCGGUUAACGAAUCCGACUAGGAACCAUGAGGUUUCGGGUUCGGUCCCUGCCCUUGCUCAGUGGGUUAACGAUCCGGCGUUGCUGUGAGCUGU